AUGUAUAAGACCGCCGAUAAGAAGGUUGGUAUUGAUGGAGCAAAGGCCAUCAGCUUGGUAUAUGUUGAAACAGAUCCCUUCCUGGUCGCUAAUGGACGUUUCAGAGAAAUUCUUGGUAUAGGAGCCAUGAAGACAGUAUACAGGGCAUUUGAUGAGGUUCUUGGAAUGGAGGUGGCAUGGAAAUCAAGUGAACUUAAUGAUGUUUUAAACCAUUCCACCAGAGGAGUUUGCAGGCGACUAAUAUCUGAGGUUCACCCUAAGAACCUCAAUCAUGACUCCAUCAUAAAAUUCUACACAUCUUGGAUUGACGUCAAUUCGAAGAAUCCUUCACUUCAUCAACAUGAAAUGCUGACUUCAGGCACGCCAAGAGAGUACAGAAAAGAAAUAUCAACAAUAGAUAUACGAGCAGUUAGAAAGAACUGGGCACUGCAAAGUCCUCCUGGCCUUGCUUAAUCUUCAUGCCAUGAUCCUCCAGUUAUACAUAGAGAUCUCAAGUGUGAUAACAUUUUCAUUAAUGGCCAUCUUGGCCAAGUCAAGAUUGGUGAUGCUCGGCUAGGCAAAGCUAUUCUUCGUGAAUCACAACAUGCUCACAGUGUCAUAGUGCGUGCGGUAAUGCUCACUUCUGAAGUAACGCCAUCAAUAGCGAGUUGUUCGAAUCCUGCUCAAAUAUACAAGAAAGUGACGUCAGGGAAAAAUUUACCUGAGGCAUUUCUAACAAAAUUAAAGGAUAUCGGAGCCCAACAAUUUUGUGGGGAAAUGUUUAGCGGACUGCUUCAAAAAGAAUGCCCGCAUGGGAGCCUCUUGUUUAGACCAUUUCUAGCUUCUGAUGAAUCGAAAUGGCUGCCUGCCUCAAACCUCCAUUUUCAAGCUCUUUCUCCUAAUGGAACAGAGAAAUCAUUUCCAUCUUUGUUGAACUGAUCCACCAAGGCCACAGAAAUGACUAUCAACGGUAGCAUGAAUGCUGAAGAGAAUGAAACACGAUUUCUUGAAGUGCAAAUUUCUGACAAGGAUGGUCACACAAGGAACAUAUACUUUCCUUUGGACACCACGAGUGACACUGGCAAUUGAAGUUGCUUGUGGAGAUUGGUGAAAGAAUUGGAAAUCACUGGACUGGGAAACCAUUGGGAGAUUGCUGAAAUGAUAGAAGAGCAGGUAACAUCUUUAAUUCCAAGCUGGAAACAGUGGGGGUUUUUCUCCAGUCAGCAGCAGCACAGCUUUAAUUAUGAUGUGAUGAUGAUGAUGGAACCCAAACCUACUUUCUGCUCCAUCUCUUCGCGUUCUUCCUCCCAGCCCUUCGCUUUUUUGGCUUUUAAGCUCAUCUGCCCAAGAAAGCAGCCAUCAUCCUGGAAGCAACAAGAUUGGCUUCCAGGUACAAAUGUACUUUUGACGAAACCCAUUUAG